AUGAGGGCGGAGCAGCAUGUGAGGAAGCUGAGGGAAGAACGUCCGGAGCUGCUGGGGGAGAAAAUGGUAAAAGAAGCCGUGAGAGGAGCUGAGACGGGUGUGAGGAGCAUAAAAGUAGGGAUGGCGUGCGACUGGGGGACAGGAGACCUACGGGUAGGAGGAUGGGAAGGUCCAGUGUGGGACAAAGCCCAGGAGCAAGAGGAAGCAGAGAGGGAGAGCAAGGAAGUGGGGGCAUGGGAGUGCCUGCCUGUGGGGGAAGAAAGGCAGCAUACAAUGGAAAAUGCGACGAGUCAGGAAGCAGAAGAGGCCGUGAAGACGGUAAGGUGGAUUAAGGGAGGAACAUGGGCAGAUGAGCCGAUGCGGCUAGCAUCCCAGGUGCUGUCAGAAUCCAGGGGAAUGGAAGAGGCUGAGAAGUGGGCGGCCUGGGAGGGAGGCAAGGCAGUAGGACACCUGAAGGAAGUGAUACUGGCAUUGGUGGAGGACCUACAUGUGGUGCAGAUGGGGGAUGCGUGCAGCUAUGAACAGUGGCAGCAGCUGGGUGGCAGGGGGACAGAAGAGGCUGUAGGGGCAGGGCAGACAGAGACGGACAAAGGAGGACAACAGAAGAGGGGGCGGGUGCAAGCGGGGCGAACCACCAGCUUCCCCCGUUCCUCCCUCCAGCCACUCAUUCCACUGCUAAAGAAUGUCCCUCCAGAGGCCUACACAGCUCUCCCAUUCCUUUUCAGCCUCGCCAUAGUGAACCCAAUCCGCAUAGCAUCUGGCGGUCUACCUCUUGAUGCCUCUCCCUUGGAUCGCUUGGAGAAGCUAAGGGACAAUCUGCUCGGCCUGCUGCCAUCCCUCCCUCUUCUCACGGAGUUGCUCCCACAAGCCACGUUGGAGUGGAAGCUACACCUGCUGGAAACAGGCUCUGCCUUCACAGAGCCUCUGCUGCCUUCCAUUCGUGCGCCAACACUCAUUAUUGCCGGGAGUGACGACCAACUUCUUCCCAGCAAGGAGGAAUCUGGUCGCUUGCAGGAGAUUCUUACCAGAGCCAAAGCCCGGACGGUGGUGCGGGUGUUUGAGGGCUCAGGGCAUGCGCUGCUGCUGGAGUCCGGUUUAGACCUCGCGUCAACCAUCAAGGGGGCCCACAUGUACAUUCAGAGGCGAGGGGACGACCCUGUGGUGUCAGGUUUCCAGCCUCCCACUGUUCAGGAGCUAGCUCGGGCCAAAUCAGGGCUCGACGGGUUUCUUCGCCGCUUCUGCAGCCCCGUUUUUCUCUCAACAGUUCUUGAGGAAUCUCCUAGCAAUGCGAUUGCUGCUAGCGAAUCUUCCAGUAAUGGAGGUCGUCAUAAUGGGACUGCUAAUAAAGAGGCUAGUAACGGGGCUGCUAGUAACGGGGCUGCUAGUAACGGGGCUGCUAAUAACGGGGCUGUUAGUAAUGGGGCUGCUAUUAACAGGGCUUCUGGUAAUGGAGCCGCUGUUUCGGACUCGCAAAAUGGAAAUGCAAGCAGUAGAAGUAGCAGCAGCAGCAGCAGUAUAUCAACAGAGCAGCACCAAAAGCAGCAGAAGCAGCAGCAAGAGCAGCGGCAGCGGCAGCGGGUGGUGGUGGGCUUAGAGGGAUUGCCAGCCUGCGAGCGGCCGCUGCUGUUUGUGGGCAAUCACCAGACUCUGGCGCCGGAGAUGAGCGUUUUGGUAUCAGAGCUCAUGGCGCACGGCGUGGUGGUUAGAGGCCUCGCGCACCCCCUUGCCAUCGAAAUGUUCCACGAUAUCAACAUGCUGGUGGAGCAGGGCGAGCAGUACAAGGUGUUCGGAGCGGUGCCUGUCACCCCCGCCAACACGUACAAGGUUCUCGCCAACAAGGAAGCUGCGCUGCUGUUUCCUGGAGGCGUUCGGGAGGCUCUGAAGAAGAGGGGAGAGGACUAUCAACUGUUUUGGCCUGAGCGAGCAGAGUUUGUUCGCAUGGCGGCAAAGCACGAAGCAACAAUCAUCCCCUUCGCAUGCAUUGGUGUGGACGAUGGGUUCGAUAUUCUAGUAGAUGCGGACGAAAUGCCCAGUGUGCCCGUCAUUGGUCCCAUGGCAGUGGAGGGCGUGCAGGCAUGGCCCAGAGUCAGGGAUGCAGCAGCAGCAGGGGCAGCAGCAGAGCAGUUCAUCCCACCAGUUGUGGUCCCCAAAGGCCUCAACCGCCUCUACUUCCUCUUCAGGGCACCCAUCAGAACAAAGGGCAUGAAGCACCUGCUAACAGACAAGGCAGCAGCAGCAGAGCUGUAUGCACAUGUGAAGGGGGAGGUGGAGGGUGGGCUGCAGUAUCUUCUGAAAAAGAGGGAGGAGGAUCCAUACAAUGACCCUGUGCCGCGGUUGCUUUAUGAGGCCACGUGGGGAGGGGAGAAGCAGGCUCCCACGUUUAAGCCUUGA